CCUGCAGUAGACAGGGGCAGAAAAAUGCUGAGGGUAUGUCAGACGCUGGCUUGACUGCAUCUAUAACAGUGAUAAAAAAAAGAAAAGAAGAAAAAAAGACGGGGAUGCAUCGCAGAGGCCUUAAUGAGAGAAAACCGUAGCUGUAGAAACACAUUUCAGCAGUGAUUCUAACUUUAACCGAGCUAUUUGAAAGAGUCUUGGCUGAGGGGUAGAGUUGAGCCUAAAACUGUGAAGAGUUCUGGCUGAAGUGCUGACAACCAUUUCUUUUUGAAAAAAAAAAACUUAUCACAGUUUUCUACCUGAACAUUCUCGAGAAACCGAAGGGAGACAUAUGCUCGACUGAGCCAGGGAGGGGGAAAAAAAAAGGGCAAGACAAGCAGGGGAUGCUCGGGCUGAAAGAAGAAUAGACGCAACAAGGAAACCACAAGGCAGAACGAGAAAAGGCCAAGGAAGACGAGAGAUAAAGGGAAACACAAAGUGAGACCAAGGCACGGGGAGCAGACAAAAGCAAAGCGACAAUGGGGGACGAGACCAAAUGAAGCAAGAGAAGGUAAAGAGGAGACAAGAAACGUGCUAAGGAACCACAUCAGAGGCAUCGGAGAGAGGCCGGACAAACAUGGCAUGCCAAGCAUUCAGUGCCGACUCGUUCACCCAACUGACUGGAGACUCCCCCUUGCCGAUCCUCAUGCACCAUGGCUCCAGCAGCGACUGCCUGCCAACCAGCUCCCACGCUCACGGCAUGGUCUCCUCAGUAUCGUCUGGGCUGUCCCUGGGUCAGACCUCCAAGCGCUCCCACAUGCACCUUUCCACCUCAUCCCUCGGAAACGCUCUCGGCAACGGCCCCCCGAGCUUGCAUUAUCCAGUCACCCCCUGCCACUACAGCAACCAGCAGGCCACUUACGGCAUGAUGGCAGCACAGGAGAUGCUCUCUGCCAGCAUUUCCCAGACUCGUAUCCUCCAGACGUGUGGCGUCCCUCACCCCAACAUGGUGAGUGGUGCAAACCCAUUGCAAGGGUCGCUCACUACUUGCUUGUACAAGUUUCCAGAUCAUGGUCUGAGCAGCGGUUCCUGCGCACUGAGCCACAGUUUCUCCUCGCUGCCCUCGGCCCUCCUCUCAACCGACGAGGCCCCCGGGGGCCCCGGCGGAGAGAUGAAAACCGACCCCCAGAGGAAGAGCAUGCGGGACCCGGAGGACGCUCCCGCCAUGGACUCCCCCCAGAUACGGGAGCUGGAGAUGUUCGCAAACGACUUCAAGAUACGGAGGAUCAAGCUCGGCUACACUCAGACUAAUGUAGGCGAGGCUCUUGCUGCGGUGCACGGCUCAGAGUUCAGCCAGACAACCAUCUGCCGCUUUGAAAAUCUGCAGCUGAGCUUCAAGAACGCCUGCAAACUCAAGGCCAUCCUGGCUAAAUGGCUUGACGAGGCUGAGCUGGCAGGUGCCUUGUACAAUGACAAACUAGGAAUGAACGAGCGGAAGAGGAAAAGGCGAACAACCAUCAGCCUCGGAGCCAAGGAGGCCCUGGAGCACAGCUUCGUGGAGAAGAACAAGCCGUCCUCUCAGGAAAUAGCCCGCAUAGCCAAGGGCCUCCACCUGGAGAAGGAGGUGGUCAGAGUCUGGUUCUGCAACAGGCGCCAGAGGGAGAAGCGGGUCAAGACGAGCCUCAACCUGAGCUCCUGCUUGACCAAGCUCAGCCCGAGCUGCAUAGCGCAGAUGAGUAAGACGCAGAGGUCGAUGACGUAAUUCGUACACGUGAGCGCCCCAUUCAGCUCUGUUCUGUGGAAACGUGUUAUUUCCAGAUGACACGUCUAGCGGCAAUCAUUCCAUUGUGACGAGGAAGAAUAUUAUUCAAAAGGAAAUAAAAAAAAAAAGACUUCACCCAUCGUUUAGCAGCUGCUGAUGCACUAAAACUAAUUCACCAACUUGUAUACAAUAGGAAUGUGUAACAAUGAGAAUUAAAAUGGAAACAAAAGGCCAGAGUCUCACUCUCAGGAAGCCUGAAGAAGGCUGACGUUAACAAAUCAUCGCUGUAGAAAAGUGAAGCUUCAGCCUCAGAGAAGAGGAGUCCUCUCUGAAAUUUUAAUAUUUAUGAGACGUUUCUCAUUUAUGUGUAUCUGCGUGGCUCCUUUUGUCACAUGUGUAUUCGUGAUUGCCUUUUUAAGUGCCUGUCAGCGUCUUAUGAAAUAUGACUAUUUAAAAGUAGCCUUAGCAUAAACAGGGAUAUUUAUUUGAGAGCUAAUAUAUUGUGUCGAUGUGCUUUUAUCGUGUGUAACCGCCGUGAUUUAUGGUCCGAAGUCAGGGACACGUGAAACUUUUUUGACAGCAGGUGGAUCCCUGGCGUCAGAUUCAUUUUUCAUAUUUGUUUGUACAUAUUUGUUUUCCCAUCGCCGCUUUGACAAAGUGUCACACGAAGGAGGACGUCAGCCCGUCUCCGACCUGGCUGCUGUGACUGAUGUGAGUCAUCUUAAUGAAGACAGGGAUCGAGCUCAAAGCGCCACGUGCUCGCCCUAAAUCAGGUGUUUGUGUUCAGAAGAGCAAGAAAAUGAUCGACUCGGUUAUACGUGUGCCAUAUGAGGAUGUCAGAUGUUAUUAAUACCAAGUGUCAGCUUUGCCAAGGAACUGCUGGUUAUUAAAAAAAAACUUUUUCACCUAUUUUAACGGAUUAUCCCCUUCAGUUUCCACGGACUGAAACUUAAAUCAGAUUUUCCUUCGAGCAGUAAAAUGUGUUUUAUAAACCAACAACAUGCGUCAUCUCUGAUUUGUACCGCAGCGCUGUGUAUUAUUACUGUAUGAAUACACACAUUAGGAUAGGACCGGUUGGGUCUGCGGCACAAACUCUGCAAAGAGUUCAUCGGGGCGUCGCUGGGGAUUCACACAAGACACCUUGAUUCAGAAACGAGCGGUUUCCGCUGUGACUGAUGCUUGGUUGUGUAACCUCUGGGUGAAUACUCUCCGGGGAAAUAAAUGCAGCACGUUCAUCGAUUGCCGUCACAUUUCUGAGAAAGUUACAGAGUAAAGGUACUGAGUGGCCUCUCAAGUCAGUCUCACUCGCUGCUGCUUUUAAAGAUGGAUGACUAUGUUACUUUUUUCUUAACUUUAAUUUUAUAUUCCUGAUAUAAUUAUUGCAUAAUUUGUUCCUGUGUAUUUUGUUAAAAAACCACACGUGUGACCGUAGACUACCUGUUUUCUCCAAUACACAAUGGUCUAUACUUUAUAUAGAAAUGAAUGGAAAUUAGGGGAAAAAAAAUCUACUUUACAUAAAUUAUCUCAUCCAUGACGAUUCACACUAUGUGUAGUGGAGACUGUCUUUGCAACACUUUUCAAUAGAAUGUAAUGACGUUCUCAUUUUAUCCUGUUAUUUAGCAUUUGAGUGGAAUUUCAUCACGGUUUCAGUGCCAUUUGUUCAAGGCCGCAGUGACCUUUAACCAC